AUGGAAUCAAGUGCUGACUCCCAGCGACAAUUGGUCAUUGGAGGCGCAGGAGCAGUCGCUGCUCUGUUGCUAGGUCUCGCCACAACAUGGGCAAUUAAAGACUACAACGCUUACAUUGCACUGGGGCCCGGAGGGCCACCUAACAACUUCUUCGGCUGGGCCAUCGUCAACAUUGCCGUACGCCCUUUCUGUUCGACUAAAGCCAAGGCAACUUUCACCGAUGACUACCCGAAACAUGGAGCACACAAUAAUAUCGAGUCCCUUCCGAGAAGACGUGGCCCACGUGCCAGUGUUGCCGGCCUGGUGCCACAUCGUCAAGUCACGCAACGGGCCCCAGAAACCAUGAGGACGCGAGUUUCGAGCUACGAACGACAUCAUGAUGCCCUUUUCGUGGCUGAAAAGCUUCUCAACGAAAGUGCCAUGCACUUACCGAAGGCGGCAUCCAUGGCAAAGGGAGAACUUGGACAUCACCAUGAAGACUUGUCGAUGCACCUCUACCUCAGCCCGGCCGAUGCGCGCCAGGUGAUUGAGAAGGGCUGGGGAGAAAGACAUCGCCUUUCUGUCCCUACGAACACCUGGUUCAGACACAGAUACGGUAUUGGAGACACGUAUCUGAUGAUUUACGGGCCCCGUAACGAAGAAGAAAUGGAAGCCUUGAGGACCAUUCUUGAGAGCAGCAUUCGAUUUAUGACAGGGAGAAACGUGAAUGCCCUUGAAUGGAGGAGUUGA